CAUUUAAAGAGUUUUGCGGUGUUCUUUCCAAGUUAUGUGAAAAUGUCUGCCGUUUCAAGUACCAAAAGCGAAAAGAAACCUAGGAUUUCGAAGAAGUAUGAUCAUACUGUCACCCAAACCAAGAAAAUUAGGAGGAACAAAAGAAAAGAAUCUUACAGUACCUAUAUUUACAAAGUUUUGAAGCAAGUUCAUCCGGAUAUUGGUAUUUCAAGCAAGGCUAUGAUUAUAAUGAAUAACUUCGUAAAUGAUAUAUUUGAACGUCUGGCUGCCGAAGCAAGUCGCUUGACGAACUAUAACAAGCGGAGCACGAUCAGCAGUCGAGAGAUUCAAACGGCCGUAAGACUUCUGCUACCAGGAGAACUUGCCAAACAUGCCAUCAGUGAGGGCACAAAAGCAGUGUCAAAAUACACAUGCGCAUCUGCAUAGUUUUUUGUACAGAAUUCGCUUGUUGUACAGGCAUAUUGUUAACCGAUCGGUAAGAGUUGCUGACAAUCUGAAUGUUCCUAUACUCUUUUGAUACUUCAGAUUUCCAUUGUUAAUAAGGAUAACGGAACUGUUAUUAUUGUUAAUAAAAUGCUUGAAUAUUCUUU